AAGUGCAUUAUCUACCAUAUAUUUAUCCCCUUAUUUUAGCUAUGUAGUCAUCCUUUAUUUAUUAUUUUGGUUCUUUAAGUUACUUUUAAUAAUUAUAAGUAUAUUUUUCUUAAUUUUAUAUUUUAUUAUAAGAUUAGCUUAAAUAGUACUCGAUUUUGCUACAGGUGGUAAUUGCUUGAGAAGGAGCCAAAGCCUGCUGGAUUUACACUUGACAAAUAAAAACAAUUACAAAAGUAUAAAGGAGUUAAAGAAUAGAGAAAACAAAUCAUGCUUUGAUUUGUUGGGUUACAUGUGAGCAUAUAUGGGAAAGUAAUGCUAAUGUCUUUGAAGCAAUGAACUCCAAAAGCCCAUUAUGCUCACCACCGCAUCAUAUUCGGCCAAACAAGAGCUACGUUGCUGCCGCUUCUUUAUCACGCUAGAUCAAAGAUACCCUCCCAGAUAAUUCUCUAAAAAUUGGGAAGGAAACCCUGCUUUUCCCCCAUAUUCGUAGGAAGGCAGUUCCGAUAUCUAUGGCAAAAAAAGGUAGGGUUUAUCAUAUAUAAAUUGCUGCUCAAACCCACAAAAAAAGGGAUCCGAAAAUCACACAGAGAGCAAGGAAAUUCGAGUGAGUCGUAAUUGGGCAAUUAGUGAAGAGAAGAUAGUCAUUGGAGGGAAGCUUAGUCUCAAUUCCAAGGUUGAACAAGGUCGACGGUGGAUCGCAAGGUUGAAGCCUAGGUUCUUUCGGAUGUUCUUGGGAGUAUACUUAAUAAGUACAUGAGCGGUGACACACCUAAUUCUAAACUCAAGCGAAUCAGGCAGUAUUUAGAUCAAGAGAGAUCAUUCUAUUCUUUUCAAACCGAUCAACCAGAAGAAUUGAAACCAGAGGAAGUUGAAUCAACAGAAGAUAGUCUAAAAGGAGAGGAAAUGGGUGAAAGAACCUUGAAGGAGAUGGCAGCCCCAAAUACGGGAGAUGAUCCUCUCUGCAUUGUGUUUCCGGAGCUGGACAAACCCCUCAAGCUGAAUUCAGGUUUCCUUAAUCUUCUUCCCAAAUAUUAUGGGAAGUCAGGUGAGAAUCCUCAUCGACAUUUAAAAGAGUUUAAGGUUGUUUGUUGUUCUAUGAAUCUUGAAGGAGUUGAACAGGAUCAUAUUAGAUUGCAUGCUUUUCCUUUUUCUUUGCAAGAUGUGGCUAAAGAUUGGUUGUAUGAUCUUCCUGCUGGAUCAAUUACGACUUGGAAUGUUAUGGCAUCAACUUUUCUAGGAAAGUACUUUCCAGCAAGUCUAAUUGGAUCCAUCAGGAAGGAGAUAUGUGGCAUUAGGCAAAAUGAUAAUGAGUCCUUGUAUGAGUAUUGGGAACGUUUUAAGAGAUUGUGUUCCUCAUGUCCCCAACAUCAGAGUAGUGACCAACUACUAAUUCAAUACUUUUAUGAAGGCCUAUCGCCUACUGAUAGGGGUAUGAUAGAUGCUUCGAGUGGGGGGGCAUUAGUGGAUAAAACACCAACCCAAGCUAGGGCUUUAAAUUCUAAUAUGGCUCAAAACACCCAACAACAUGGUUCUAGAAAUGAUGUUAAAAGAGUAAAUGGAGUUGAUUUAAGUGGUAUUCAGAAUCAAUUACAAGAAAAUGCUCAACUAAUUGCUACUUUAACUACUCUUGUGUCUAAAAUUGUUGCUAGUAAUGAGUCUAAAGCUAGAGUGUGUGGAAUUUGUUGUAAUGAGUCUCAUCCUACUGAUAAAUGUCCUGAAUUGCAGUCUGAAAAUGUGAAUGCUAUAGGUGGUUAUUCUGGUCAAAGAAAAUAUGAUCCUUACUCACAGACUUAUAAUGAAGGUUGGAAAGACCACCCUAACCUAAGGUAUGGAAAUAGACCACAACUUCCACAAUCUAAUCAACCAAGGCAAUAUGGUCAACAAAAUCCACCACCCCAAUCUGGUCCUUCACUAGAAGAUUUAGUUAAGCAACUAACAAAUCAAAUAGGGCAAGUCCAUAACCAAGGUGUUGAGUAUCAAAAGAAAACUGACACGCACCUUCAUCACAUAGACACUCAAAUAGGUCAGAUUUGCACUUCUCUAAGUAAUCUUGAAACUCAAAUUUCAGGUAAACUUCCAUCACAAACAAUCCCUAAUCCCAAUGGUCAUGUUAAAGCUGUCACACUUAGGAGUGGUAAAGUGUUAACUGAACCUAAAAUGAAAAUCCGUGAAGUUGAAAAAGAGAUAGAAGUCAAUCCGAAAGUUGGAUCAAGGGAAAGAGUGGAAAGUGAGGGUACUGUGAAGGAGAGUGAAAAAGAAAAUGAAGGGGAGAGUAAAACUGAAUCUGAUUCUGUUGUUUCUCGUUUUAAAGAUUUUCCUCCUUUCCCUUCUCGAUUUGCUAAAGCUAAGAAAGAGAGUCUUGACAAUGAAAUUCUAGAAACUUUUAGGAAAAUUGAAGUCAAUAUUCCCCUUCUUGAUGCUAUUAAACAGGUACCUCGUUAUGCAAAGUUUUUUAAGGAACUUUGUACUAACAAAAGGCAUUUUCGCCCUUCUGAAAAGGUAAGUAUGGGGAAAAAUAUUUCAGCUAUUAUCCAAAAGAAGCUUCCCCCUAAGUGUAAGGAUCCUGGCAUGUUUUGUAUUCCUUGCAAAAUUGGUGAUUCUAAUUUUGAAAGGUGUAUGCUAGAUUUAGGAGCCUCCAUUAAUGUUAUGCCAAAAUCUGUUUAUGAUACUUUAAAUGUGGGUUCUUUGUCUAAAACUGAUAUUGUUAUUCAGUUAGCUGAUAGAUCAAACGCAUUUCCAAUAGGAGUCUUAGAAGAUGUACUUGUGCAAGUGAAUGAAUUGGUAUUUCCUGCUGACUUUUAUGUUCUGGAUAUGGGUGAUAGAUGUGAUAGUGUUCCCUUGUUGUGA